AUUAUCAAUUGUGCGUUUUGAAAACAGAGGAAAAAGUUUUGCAUUUGCGCGCCAAACGAAAGAAGGGAGGAAUUAAUAUACUAGACUGAAUACUUUGGUUGUCAAGCGGUCAACAAUAUGUCGACAACAUCAAAGAAGCACAGAAACUUUGUUGCAGAGCCUAUGGGUGAAAAACCAGUAACUGAUUUGUCAGGAAUCGGGGAGACUCUGGGAAGCAGGCUAGCAAGUCAAGGAUUUGACAAAGCAUAUGUUGUACUGGGGCAGUUUUUAGUGUUGAAGAAAGAAGAGGAGCUGUUUUGUGAUUGGUUGAAGGAAGUUUGUGAAGCAAAUAAGAAACAAUGUGGUGACUGUUAUACCUGUUUGAAAGAAUGGUGUGAUGCCUUCCUUUAAACUGACUAAAAUGUUGAUAUUCUGACAAUAUCAAUGAAAAUGUAAAUAGGAGUACUUCGGACCAUAACUCCCUAUAAGUCGUAUUUGCAUAGAAGUUCAAAUCAUCAUCAUGAAAUUCCUAAGCAAUGAAACCUCAAAUAUUGGAAUACUGAUCACACCAUCUGGUAUUUGAUAAAACUGUAUGGAAAUAAAGGAUAAUUUCACAAGGUUGCUAUUAUAUGAUCAGAACUUUUAUUAUUAUCAUUAUUUUAUGAUAAGUAAAUAGCUUUUGUUUGGUUUAUUUUUAUUGUGACAUUUGCCUAGUUCACUUCAGAAAACUCCCAAUAUGGAAUCGUUGAAAUCAUGUACACAAAUUCAGACACUCCCUUAGAAAAUUGACAUAAUGAUUCUUUAUCUUGUAAAAGGUUGUUCACUCUUCAAGUGUCAUCAAAUAAUUUAUCAGACUAAAUCUGCUCUCUUGGUAUUCUCUAUUGAAUAUAUUAAAUAGGGAGGAGGACAUAUAGUCAUACCAAUGUCUGUCCCUCAUAUCCUGACUCACUGACAGCACUCAUUCCUUUAGACCUGAUUUUUAUGAGCCCAAUGUAUACAUCAGUCAACUGCAGCAAUGUCUCAAUCUAAUUCCUGUUUCAGGGUUCAAAGGUCAAAGGACAUGGUCACAGUAGUUAUAUAUAGAAUUUAUCAAACAUUGAUACUAAUAUGCAGAACAUCCAUUUUCUGGUUCUUUGGGUUGAGAGAGGAGGAAAUAGUUGGAAUUUUUUUUUAAGUUUUGGGGAGAUUUUAUUUUUCUUUAGAUUAUUCACAGCAUUUACUAUCCGGACUCCACUUUGAGAAUAAUUACUCUUGUUUAUCAUGUGUAUUAAGAAUCGUGUGAAGGGUUUGUAUGUAUUGGGUAGUGUUCUUUUCAUUUUUAAAUUAAUAGUUCACAUAUAUAUGUACCUUUAAACAUAUACACAGCUUUGUAUUCUAUUAGCAUUCAUUAGAGAUCAAAUUGUGACGCAGUGUUAAGAGAUUUAAAACACAGCUAUUGUACCAUUAUUGUAACUAUUGCACGAUCUUCUUAAAUAAAUUCCUUAUUUUUAGUAAGACAUUGAAUGUA